AUGGUGGCGUUGAGGAGUCGAGGUAUUGAAGCUGAUAUGUCUUGCCCGUUGUGUAGGCAGUCCAAUGAAUCACUUAUGCAUCUGUUCUGCGAAUGUGGGCUCGUGAUUCCUUUGUGGCAGGAUAUAAUGCAGUGCAAUUUGCCAGGUACUAUUACAGACUUUGCGGCUUGGAUGGCUGGUAAUAUUGCACUCUCUGAUAAUGCCUCCAACCUUAAUUGUAUUGCUCUAUGGUGGUGUAUAUGGCGGAGUCGCAAUGAGAUUGUUUGGAACAAUAAAUCUUGGCAACCAGCACACAUCAAGUUGGAAGUAGCACGUCUUGUACAUGAAUGGCAGGAGAGAAUGGAAGCUUUGAAAGGUGGUGGCGCAAGGCUGGAAAAUACUUCUGCAUCAAACACGGUGUCGGCUGAUAUGUUUAUGCUAUAUGUCGAUGCAGCGGUUUUUACAGCCACACAUGAAGCUAGCUACGGUGUGGUGAUUACACAAGCAAAUGGUAACUUUGUCGCAGCGAAGAAUGGCCAGGUACAAUGCAUGGAUGAUGUUCAUUUAGCUGAGGCCAUAGCUAUCAAGGAAGCUCUCUCUUGGGCUAAGGAGAGAGGUAUUUUAAAAGCUAGAGUACACUCUGAUUGCCAGAUGAUAUGUAAGUUGCUCAAUGGCUCUUUACCAGACUAUACCUACGCCGGCUGUAUCCUAAGUGAAUGCCGAGAUCUUCAACGACACUUUGAUAUAGUGUCUAUUCAGUAUGUUUCGAGAUCAGUGAAUAUGGCGGCUCAUGCUUUGGCUAGAGCGGCACGUUCGCAACCUGAUCCUAUGAUUUGGUCUAUUUCUUUACCGCGUUGUAUUGAACAUUUGUUUUAA